AAACUCAUUACCAAUAAUAAUAAUAAAUAAAGUAGUAUAAAUUAGUGUUAAACAUUUCUCAUAUUAUGUUGUCUUAUUUUUGUCCGACAUUUGUCUAUCCGCUCCACGUUUCCAUGAAAUGGAAAUCCUAAGUAACAAAACAAUGUUUAAUAUUAUAUAAAUGUUUUUAAAAUAUCAGCUUUGAUUCAUUUUUGUAAUUUUUAACUCGGUUUUUAUUAUUUAAUCUGUGCACGACAAGAAUUUUCAUAAGAAAAUUUAACGCAAUUUUUGAAGUUGUUUAUCUUACAAAUUUUCUAAGUUGAAUGCGCUCAAGUGAAAAUACAUACUGAAACUGUUCAGAACCAGCUACUCACUUGGUGACGGCUACGGCGAUAUCGUACACGGGCAGUCUUCGUUCUUUGAACAGCAAACAUGGGAUCAGACAAGAAGAACGUUUACGAUUUCAUGGCCACGGCCAACAGGCCGUUCAGCAGCAACGACGUGUUUUCAAAUUUACAGCGGCAGGGUAUCGGAAAGUCGGCCGUGGAAAAAGCGCUCGAUCAGUUGGUGAAGGAAAAUAAGAUCUUCAUGAAGUUGAACGGCAAGCAGAAGAUUUACUGUGUAGUGCAACCGGAUUCGACGGCAGAAGACCAAAAGGAAAUCCAGUUAAUCGACGAGGAAUUGGUAAAAACUACCGAGGCACUGCGCGAAGUCGAGCGCAAGUAUAAACAAUCCGAAAUCGAAGUGAAAACGCUACAGGGUACCUAUAGUACCGAGGAAGCGAAACGCAAGGUGUCCGAAAUGGAAAAAAUCGUAUCGGAACUAAAAUCGAAAUUGGACAAAAUGUCCAAAACAAGUGGCAACGCGGUGUCGUCGAAGGAUAAAGAAAAAGUGAAAAAGGAAUACGAAACGGUUAGUAAAGAGUAUAGAAAACGCAAGCGUAUGUGUACAGACAUACUGGACUCGAUCUUGGAGAACUGUCCGAAACCGAAAAAAGCUCUCUUCGAAGAAAUCGGAAUCGAAACCGACGAAAGCGUCGGCAUGCCAAAACUGUGAGCGCGAUCAUGGGGUUAAAAAUAUUAUUAUUAUUUUAUUUUUUAUUUUUAUGUCUGUAAUACUUAAACUUUAUUUACCCGUGAUAUUAUGAUUCCCGCGAUGCUUAUACGUAUUUUUGGGCCCUUGAGUAGUCUGUACCUGAGGUCCACGCCGUUCCAGAAGGACACAAAGUAACGUUUGAUCUGUACAUUGUCUCCCCCGUGCAACCUGUAUAGAAAUCAAAAAAUGGUUUUGUUUAAAAUGUGCUAUAGUUAUUAUGUAUAAAUAAAUGAUUAUUAGAUAUCGA